UACUAUCUGAGAAAUAUUUUAAAUCAGUGCCAUGAGAAACUCUACCCAAUUAGGUCACAAUGGUCCAACUUUGGUCUAGCUCUUGACCUACCACCGUCGACUAUUAAUCAAAUUUCAAAGGACCAUAAAUCUUGUGAAGAUUGUUUCUAUGAAACACUCGACAGACUAUUUAAAAGUAGAGAGUUAACAUGGAGUAAGAUUAUUGAAGCUUUGAGGAAACCUACAAUUCAACAGAACAAUCUAGCAACGGAGAUAGAGUCAGCAAUUAUAGCAAUGGAUUUGCCUACGCCCGCACCUGUAAGUUUGGUCGGGAAUCUCUCGUUAGAAAAGCUUUGUCGUCUUCCGGUGGAUAAAGUUUGGUAUCAGCUUGGUCUCUGGUUGGGUGUUGAAGAAUACAGAUUGAUUGACAUAAAAACGCACAAUGAGAACAUAGAGUUAAUAUUUGAAGCUUUCUUGGAGUUUCUUUAUGAUUCUACUGAUUACAGACGUUUAUGUGAGUCGUUUACUGAUGUUCAAAAAGAACAAGCUCAGAGACUGCUUGAAAGUGAAACGUAUAAUGACUUUAUUAUACUAUUCCCCCAAGAUAAACGAAUUGAUGCGAGAAAAAUAGUUGACAUUUCAAAAGCAUUAUUUCCGCGACUAUUGACUGCUCUUAUUAAAGUGGGAAAGAGAGACGUGGCAGAGAAUAUUUGCUCAAAGAAAGGUAUGAAAAUUGUAUAUGCUCAUCAUAAUGAUACCAAAUUGAUCAAAUUUUAUUCUUGUGCGGGUGUAUUGCUGACUGAUCUCACUGACAGUCCACCACCUCCUGAGUAUGUAGUGAUGUAUGCUGACUACCUGAAGAGCAAGUACAGAGAGAUGUCUACCCUACCAGAUCCUGACUGGCCCCCAAGCAUAGCUACCAAAGAGCACUAUACUAAUCUGGCACUAAUUCAAAAAGAAAGGAAUUAUUUACAAACUGAAGACGAUAUAAAUAAUGUUUCUAAAGAUUAUGCACAUGGAAAUAUUGAUAGUAUCAUUGCCAAAAAGGCGAGCAUUGAUCUUGAAGAAGCAUUUUAUCCUAUUAUUAAUCCUAAGACUAAUGAAAGUCGAUUAACAAUUUUAAUGGAUGGUGCUCCAGGGGUUGGGAAAACUACUAUCACCAGGAAGGUGUGUAUAUAUCGACUGGGCAAAUGGUAAUGUCCUUCCAGAGUAUGAACUUGUGAUUUUAGUUCCUCUUAGGGAGCUCAAGAUUUUACAGAAAUGUAACAAACAAUUGCAUUUGUCCGAUAUCUUGCCCUCCGAUAGCAAAGAAAUCAGAAGAAAUGUUAUAAAACACAUGAUGCAAGUAUCUGGUGCUGACAUUUUGAUAAUUUUUGAUGGUUUCGAUGAACCUCUCAGGAAAGGAAUUCUCUCCAACAAUCUCUUGUCCUAGACAUAGCAAGAGGUGAUAAGCUUCAUCGUUGCUCUGUGAUGAUUACCUCUCGUCCUUAUGCUUCCCAGCCUUUGAGGAGUUUAUCUACAGUCAAUCGUCAUAUCGAAGUAUUAGGAUUUACUGAAGAGCAAAUACAAGACUGUGUUUGUACAAACAUUUCUGGGAAAGAAGGAGAUAAAUUGAUCAGAAAACUGAAACAGCGACUAGACAUUGGGUCACUUUGUUACAUUCCCCUGAAUUGUAGGAUUUUGUUGUUUGUCUAUGAAAGAGAAAAUUUUAGUCUCCCAUCUACAGUAACUGAACUGUACGAGAUUUUCCUUCUACACACAAUUAAACGAUUCGCUCAAAAGGUUACAUUAGAUGAAAAUGUAUCCCGUAAGAUACUUGCAGCAAAAAAUCUGAAUCAAAUUCCUAGCAUUAUUACAGUGCAACUGAACAUUCUCUCAAAAAAAGCUUUAGAAGGAAUUAAACAUAGUAAAUUAGUGUUUGAUGACAGCAGUCUACAUGAUUAUGUAUCUCUUGGCCUCUUAAACUCACUCCACUGCUUUACAACUACUGGUGAGGCUGCUUUCUUUCAGUUUCUCCACCUAACCAUUCAAGAAUUUCUUGCUGCGAGGUAUGUAGCUUCGGAUGCCAUGACUGAUGAAGAACGAAAACAUUUCCUAAGAUCAAACAUCGAGAAUGAAACGUACAGAAUGACCUUGCUAUUCUUAGCGGGCCUAACUGGAUUCAGUUUCUUAAGCUCAGGUGACUCUUUACUGCAACAUCAAAGUACAUUUCUGUCAGGGUCAAGUGAAAAAGAACGGACUUUGUUUUUGGCUCAAGUUAUUUACGAAAGUAGGCACUCUUCGGAAUAUGUUUUGUCUCAUCUCAAUGGAAGCCUGGAUAUGUCCGGUUAUCCUCUUACCAAAUUUGAUUGUCUUGUUCUUUCACAUCUUAUAUCUAAUACGCCACGAGAUUUUGUCUGGGAGUUCAUUGACUUAAGUAACUGUGGUAUCACCAGUUACUCAUUGUUGUUAAAAACAAACCAUUCCAAACAUGAAAUACCUGGUAUCGCUGUCACGAAAAGUUGACAUUUUUUUAUAAAAGGAAAAAAAAGUUUGAAAAAUUUAAUGGUAGAAUUCCAAUUGCAUCAGUAGUAAACCUUCUGUCCAGUUCCAAAGAUUCACCUCUCGAAGAACUAACACUACCAGUUGUGGAGUUUAAGAAAAAGUGUCAAGAAAUGGUGCAACUGUUUCAAGCCUUAGGCAAUCACAAGUUACUGCAAACAUUUGAAAUUUGUCAUCCAAAAACUGCGUCUAGAGGUCGUAUUCUGUCAAUAGCAAGUAAAGAAGAGCUUGUUCUGCAAAAACAGUUAACUGUUUGCUUAAAAUCUUUAAUGCAGCUGUUGAAUUGUGCUUCCGUAAAAAUUGAAAAGCUUGAAAUUCAUGAUGUUGUGGCAUUUCAGGAUUGCUCUACUUGUGGUAGUUCAGGUGAAAAUACUGUGAAGAGCCUGUGUGAGUUCCUGGGAAAAUGUAAGAAUAUAGAAUACGUAAGCUUCCAUGGAUGUUACUUAAAAGGGAAAGCAAUGCGAUCUAUUCUAUCAUCCUUAUCUAAAAGUUGAAGUGUAAGCAGCAUUCGUAUUCUGAAUAACGACUCUGAGAUAUGUGAUAGUGAGUUAGUUGAAAUGCUCGAGCAUUUGCCAAGAAAAUGUACAUUUAUAUUUUCAAGUAAGAAAGUCGACAUUGCGUUUAAAGCCAAUGAACAUGAUCUCGAAGUAUCAUGCACAAAUUCUUGUCAUGGUCUUAAAGGUUAUAAAACAUUCCUCACUAAUAUCAAGUGUGUAUUUCCACAACGAUUCACUGGCCUUAGUAUUGAAUUUGAUCACACUGAUAAGACAGUUUUAGAGUAUCUCUCACACAAUCCAAAUCUGAAAAUGAUUACGCUAUCCCUUCAUAGUUUACCACAAGACAAAGUUGUGAUUAAGACAGAAAAUUCAAAAUUAAUGAUACUUAAACUAUGCAAAUCUCUGACAUCAAUAAAAAUAAAAGGUUAUUUUGUUCAGGAUUAUAGUGACAUUCUUGAACUUGUAGCCGAAGGUGUACGACAAAAUAACACUUUAUUGUGUAUGGAGAUAAUAGUAGAGUAUAAAUACGACAGUCACAGUCAGACCGUUACUGGACUAAUCACGUUACUAAACUCUUUGAAAUCUACUCUUGUACAAAAGUUGUGCUUUGAAAAUAUUUUUUUCGAUACUGAAUGUACCGAAGCAUUAAUGGAACUGCUGAGACAUAACAAGCAUCUUACUGAUUUAGUAAU